AUGAGUACUCUCCGCCAUAGCCAGUCCGCUCGGUCUCCUCCACACACCCCGCAACACCAAUUGCGCUCGAACAACAACUCCUUCGCGAGCAACUCUUCCGGGUCCACAUACCGCGUCGAAGAAGAUGCGGUAAUAUUCGAACUCGGCGCUCGGUGGCUCCGAGCCGGAUUUGAGGGCGAGAGCGAGCCGAAAUGCAUAGUCGGAUUCGGACCGGAGGAGUCACGCAGGGUCGGGGAUUACAGAGGAUGGUUGCGAGGCACAGCCGCGGAACAAGAAACACCGACGCAACCGGCGACGCCGGAAGAUUGGACGAGGCCGUACGAGCUGUGGAAUAUGGACCUGCGCGAUGUCGAUCUGGGGCUCGUCGAGGAUAAGAUUGAGCGAGCGGUUCGGGAGACGUACAACAAGUAUCUGUUGACGGAUGCGGGACUUGCGCGAUUGGUUCUCGUUCUUCCAUCGGUGGUGCCACAUCCGCUGCUCUCUUCGGUUUUGACGACGUUGUUUAUUCGGUGGCGGUUCCCAAGCAUUACGUUGUUGAAUAAUGCUGCGAUGGCGACGACGGCAGCUGGACUGCGGUCGGCGUUGGUGGUUGAUAUUGGUUGGGCGGAAACGGUGGUUACCGGGGUUUACGAGUAUCGAGAAGUCGCGACGAAACGAACUACACGGGCUAUGAAGGCGCUGAUACAGGAGACGGGACUGUUGAUUACACAGAUUAUAGAUGGGGAGUCACAGCCUCGAGAUACGUUAUUGGUGGACUUUGAGUAUUGUGAGGAAGUUGCCAGUCGCUUCUUGUGGUGCAAGCCUUCACAGGGACAAGACACAUUGGCCGAGAUUUCAGACAAGACGGUAUCAAUUCCGUCCCCCUCAGAUCCUGGGUCAUCAUACAUCGACCUUCCAUUCUCGAAACUUACGGAACCAGUGGAAAAGGUCCUCUUUGCCAAAGACAUGGUGCUUCCCGACCUGGACGAUGAAGAAAAACCACUUCCGCUGGUGGUAUAUAACACGCUCCUAAACCUACCUCCAGAUGUCCGCGGAAUAUGCAUGUCACGCAUUGUCUUCAUGGGCGGUGGAGCCAACAUCGCAGGGGUCCGCCGCCGGGUGCUCAACGAGGUAGGGCUUCUGGUGAAGCAGUACGGCUGGAGCCCCGUGCGCGGCAAAGUCAUCGACCGAAACAUACAGAAGCUACAAGAACUCCAGCUCUCCCAACCACCGGCACCAAAAUACGACACAGCCCGCGAGCACACAGAGUCCGACUCCUCCGCGUCCGAAGACGGCUACGAAACCGCCGAUGAACCAGAUACAGAGAUCGACCCAAUUGAGCAGAAACUACAGCGCGCGAGGGACAAGGAAGCCGUCCCAAUUGUCCAGGGUAUCCUCCGUGAAGUCGAGACCCUCGGCCCCUGGGCUGGCGCAAGUCUCGUCACCAACCUCAAGGUCCGAGGCGUGGUGGAGAUCGAGCGGGAGAAGUACCUGCAGCAUGGCCUUGCGGGUGCCACAAGGGACUGGGAUCAUAGCCACAAGGACGCCAAGGACUUGAAUGUGCAUUCGCAGAUUCCGGACCGGCGGUCUGGGUUGAGGAGUGGCGGGGAUAGGUCGAGCUGGACUUUGGCGGGUUGGGGGUGA